UGGCAAGGGAAAACUCUCAGCUUGAGACACGCCCCCUGCAGAGAGUGUAGUAGAGAGUGAACACAGGCUUCAAGGUUUUAAUAACUAUGGCAGAAGUCAGAUGGUGCGAUGAUCCACUUCAUUACUUUGGGGAGAACAAGGAAGUGCCCUCACUGGUAGCCGCCCUCCCACAGAUCUGCAAUGACCCCUAUGCUCUGGAGGUAUCUCAGGAGAGGUUUCUAGGGAUACUAGACAAGUAUCAGUAUCAGCCGCAGUUACUGGACCCUUUCUUCGAAAAGCUCAUUGCUCAGCUAUUUCAGUUGGCUCAUCCCCAGCAUGAAGCCCCGCCCACUUCGAGACACCAGGCUUUCAAGUACCUCUACUAUCUGUCCAAGCUCCGUGGUUCAAAGGUCAUAGUUCGUUGGUUUUCCCACGAGGUAUCGGAACUAGUUCCUGUUCUAGAGUUGCUACAGCAACAAAACACGAAGGAUGUUGCAAAAUGGGAAUCGAGAUAUAUUCUGUUGCUAUGGCUCUCCAUUAUUAUCAUCAUGCCCUUUGACCUCUCGCGAAUGGACACGCCCAUUCAGCCAGGCCACACCCCCAAGCAGCGAAUCGUUGACAGGAUGUACGACAUUGGAAAACUAUAUCUAGCUGUAUCAGAUAAAUCAGGAGAUGCAGCAACCACAAUGUUAGCCAAGUUGCUGUCGCGACCAGAUGUGAUACAGCAGAAGAUGAACGAGUUUCUCGAGUGGUCCUUCACUACCCUCACUACUGUCGACAAGUAUGUAAUGCUGGGCAUACAAGGGAUCCCAGUGGUGACUGGAAUACUCAAGACUCUCUCCACACUCUUCAAGAUCACCAAACGUGAGGACAUGGUCUCCUACGCCCCACGUGUCCUGGAGCUGCUCAGUGGGUGUGGUCUCAGCCAGAGCUACAACACGCAGCUCAGAAAACUGAACAUCAAGUUGACUCAGCGCCUUGGAAUGACGUUUCUGGCAUCUCGAGUUGCCUCAUGGCGUUAUCAGAGGGGAAGUCGUUCUCUAGCGGAGACACUGAAGUCAACCACACCUUCUUCACAACCCUUACAGCCUCACCAAGAGGAGGCACAGGAUGAUGACGGCUACGAAAUACCUGAACAGAUUGAAGAUGUACUGGAGCUGCUACUGACUGGUCUCAGAGACAAUGACACUAUUGUCAGGUGGUCUGCUGCGAAAGGAAUUGGCCGUCUAACAGGCAGACUUCCCAAAGAGCUAGCUGAUGAUGUCGUUGAGUCUCUCCUGGAUUUCUUCAGUGUGAGGGAUAGUGAUGCUGCCUGGCACGGCGGGUGUUUGGCACUGGCUGAGCUGGGGAGAAGAGGACUCCUCCUACCACAGAGACUGCCCAAAGUGGUCCCUGUGGUCCUGAAGGCCCUCAUAUACGAUGAGAGGCGUGGUCUGAGCAGCGUGGGUGCUCACGUCAGGGACUCAGCUUGUUAUGUCUGCUGGUCCUUUGCUAGAGCCUACGAACCCAAUGAACUGAAACCUUACGUCAACGACAUCGCCCGUGCUCUUGUUAUCACGACUGUGUUUGAUCGAGAGGUCAACUGUCGCAGAGCUGCCUCCGCUGCCUUCCAGGAGAACGUGGGGAGACAAGGGACUUUCCCUCAUGGCAUUGACAUUCUCACAGCUUCGGACUAUUUUGCCGUGGGGAGCAGAGCCAACGCCUACACACACGUCAGUGUGUAUGUGGCUCAGUUCUCUGAGUACACAUGUUCUCUGAUUGACCACCUCCUGGCCGAGAAGCUCAAACAUUGGGACAUAAGUGUGAGAGAGCUAGCUGCUGAGGCUCUGCGUAACAUAACACACAGGGACCCAAGCUACAUCAGAGAGCAAGUUCUUCCGUCCCUGUUGCCAUUGGUGAUGUCACCUGACCCCGCCCUGCAACACGGUGCUCUAAGAGCUGUCUCAGAGUUGACCUUUGCCCUCUACGAGCUAGACUCCAGCUCCACCCUCCAACAAACCCUGGGUGAUGACAUCAUCGCUCAACUUCUGGACAUAGCACCUAAACUGGUGGCUGCUAAAGUGUUCAAGGGAAUGACUGGGGAGAUACUCAUACCCGCUGUUCUGAAAUAUUUCGAGCGUAUGAGUUUGUGUGGUCUCCACACGUACACACCCGUUGUCGUGGAAACAUGGCAGUCUAUUAUCGACGACAACAUUCCCCACUUGGAUGAAAAUAUACGACUGUGUGCAGCGUCGGCUCUGACUCAACUAUGUGAGUCCCACUACUGUCUAUACCAGGACACAGUCAAAGCCACUCAGAGCGCUCUGGUUCCUCGCUAUAUUUCCUCACUGACGAGCGACAAUCAUCUGGAUCGUAUGGGGUUUUCCCUUGCCCUCAGAGGACUGCCACUCCCCCUUCUACAGGGCCAGCUGGAACCCAUUCUCGAUAGCCUAGGGAAGUGUAUUGGAGACAUCGAAGGAGUGGAUACUAAGUUUACAGAGUCGAGGAGAGAUGCCAUCUACGCAGUCACCAGUAUUGCUACUAAAGUGGGUGUGUCCUCCGACGUGUCAUGUGAUGUGUCAUGUGAUUUAUGUCCCGGGAAUUUGGAGGCUGUGUUUGAAAUGCUGUUCACUGGAUUGGCCGACUAUACAGUAGAUGGGCGUGGCGAUGUGGGGGCUCUUGUGAGGGAGGCUAGUAUGCAAGGCAUAGGUGAUGUACUACUGAAGAUUAUUGACUCUGGACACUCGGAGAUUAUCACUCCUGAAAUAUGCCGAAAGGCCAUGUGCUGUUUGCUACAACAAGCCAACGAGAAGAUUGAUCGCACAAGGGGCGUGGCCCUCACCACCCUCACAGCCCUCGUCCUCCACACGCCCACACUCCCGCACAUCCCACACCACACCCAUCUCAAGGAGAUAUUUUGCAAGACUGAUAUGGACAUAGUGAACUGGAGUGUGCCUCAGACCACCUUCCCCCUCACUGUGCAGCUGCUGGCCCUACCAGACUACUCUUAUCCCACUCUCCUCGGCCUCGUCAUCAGUGUGGGGGGUCUCACAGAGUCUACAGUUCGUCAGUCCAGUGCAUCGUUGCUAAGCUACCUCCGAUCUGUGACCUCUGACCCCUCCACUCUGGAGUCAUUCACCACACCCCUCAUUAAAGUGUUCGGUGAUAAUGUCAAGAACAACAGAGUUAUCCUUCCACUGUUCAAGACACUCGAUCUGUUGCUGUCUAAUGGAGUGUUUGAAGUGCUUUCUCAAGGAGACCACGACUUCCCGUCUUUGCUACUAGAGCUGAUGAAGCAAGAAGUGAAAAAUUCGAAGGAUGCAACGAAGCUUCUCUCCUCUAUCAACGUGUUCUGUGGGCUACUCCAGUUCCCUGAGGUCAGGCAAGCCACCCUCAAUCACGUCAUGAUUCUUCUCUGUCAUCGUAUACCAGCUGUUCGGAAAAUGACUGCAGACCAGCUUUACAUCACCUUAGUGACAUUUGAUGACAUCAUCGAUACUGAGGUGAUGGAGGAGGUCAUAUCCAUUCUCUCUGACACUGCAUGGGACGGUGGGAUUGUGUCAGUGAGAGAGCAACGGAAUAUCAUCUGUGACCUGCUCAAACUAGCCCGGCCAAAACUAGUGGCAAAGACGUCUAGUGGCAAGACUUCAAGCAAGAAGCCAAAAGAUGAUUUCGACAGCUACAGAGAUUUGGUGGACAGAGCAGCUUCUGGCUACUGACAAUGUAUUAUAGGACAUUCAUGUUUCUGAGCUAAUUACUGUUGCUGAUUG